CAAGACAACCCGCGUACGGUGGCUAUCCCGGUCAGGCCUACCACCAGCAGCAACCUCCCUCCAACCCCUACGGAUACAGUCAUCAACCCCCUGCCCAGCCGUACCACGGGUCGCAUCCCUCACAGAAUGGCUAUGGUGUAUGUUUUGAGCCGUGAUACCUUGGAGAAAAGUAUGCGUGGUUGACUUUUCGCCCCCAGCACCCGCAGCCGUCAUAUCCGCCCAGUGGAGGUCAGAUGUACCAGGGACAGGCACGACCAGCUCCAACCUCUCAUGGUGCUCCCGCACGCCCACCGAAUAACCCCGUCUCUUUCGGGCAGGGUGCUCCCCAGGGAUACAGCUUCCAAUACUCCAACUGCACAGGAAAGAGAAAGGCUCUGAUGAUUGGAAUCAACUACUUUGGUCAGAAGGGUCAGCUGCGUGGCUGUAUCAAUGAUGUCAAGAACAUGUCCACCUACCUAAACCAGAACUUCGGCUAUGCCAAAGAGGAUAUGGUUCUCCUCACCGAUGAUCAGCAAAACCCCAUGAGCCAGCCCACCAAGGCAAAUAUUUUGCGAGCGAUGCAUUGGUUGGUCAAGGAUGCUCGUCCAAACGAUUCGCUUUUCUUCCACUAUUCAGGCCAUGGUGGUCAAACGCCAGACUUGGACGGAGACGAAGACGAUGGUUACGAUGAGGUGAUCUACCCAGUCGACUUCCGGGCCGCCGGUCACAUCGUGGAUGAUGAGAUGCAUCGGAUCAUGGUCAAAUCCCUCCAGCCGGGUGUGCGACUCACGGCCAUCUUCGACUCCUGCCACUCCGGCUCCGCCCUGGACUUGCCCUACGUCUACUCGACCCAGGGUAUCCUCAAGGAACCCAAUCUGGCCAAGGAAGCAGGCCAAGGGUUGCUGGGUGUUGUUUCGGCCUACGCCCGGGGCGACAUGGGCAGCAUGGUUUCAACUGCUAUGGGUUUCAUCAAGAAGGCCACCAAGGGCGACGAAGCUUACGAGCGAACCAAGCAGACUCGAACAAGCCCCGCAGAUGUCGUCAUGUGGUCUGGCAGUAAAGACUCGCAAACCAGUCAAGAUGCCCAGAUCGCUGGCCAGGCCACCGGCGCCAUGUCCUGGGCGUUUAUUGCGGCACUGCGCAAGAAUCCCCAGCAGAGUUACGUGCAGUUGCUCAACAGCAUUCGAGACGAGCUAUCCACUAAAUAUUCACAGAAGCCGCAGCUGAGCUGCAGUCACCCGGUGGGUAAGUAAUAUUGUAUGAUAUGGUUUUUUUUUUUUUUUCUUUUUCUUUUUUUAGUGUUGCGUUUUUGUCUGGUGAACCAUGCUAACCGUGGCCACACAGAUAUAAAUCUUCUCUAUACGAUGUAAAUAUUUAUUUUCACUUUCGAAAUUGGA